GAGAGAGAGAGAGAGAGAGAGAUAGUUAAGCUCACAUGAGAGGAAGUGCAAGACAGAAAAGUCAGAGGGAGCCCGUUUCAAGCGGUUGACUGUGACUCUCUCUGUCAGUGCACGGCCAGGCUCCAGCAUUGCAGCACCACUCCCCUGUCAAAGACGGAUCUAUCUUCUCCCCGAGCCUCCCAGGCUGUCCGAUUGCUGCCUCUGUGAUUGACUGGACUGCUGUGGGAGCACGGUGGGACCUCUCACUGGAUGUCAGCGCCCAAAACUGUGGAUGUGAUCAUCAGCAGUCAGGCUUCAUUAUCCAUACGUGGGGAGCAGCCCAUGGACCUAAGUGUGACCCAGAGGUUGUUACAUCCAGGCCCAGAUUCGGCCAUGCUGGCCCCCCGCCCUCCCUUCUUCCUGGGACCCCUCACCACUCAGCAUUGCUCCCAGUUUUCCCAGCAGCGCUUGCAGUACACCAUUGAACAAACGCAAAGAGAGAUGGAGGAGGAGAAAAGAGAAGAGCUACAACAGCUGAUACGAAAGAAUAAAAACGAGCAGAGUGCCGUAGCCAGUCCCCUGGUACGGCAGAAGCUUCGGGAACAUAUAAUUAUGAAGAGCCAGCCCAACCAUGACAGGGUUACUCCCAACCACACCAGCACUACACCAGGAUACAGGCUACCAGUUCCUGACGCGUCCCCAAAGCCUCAGCCUACAUCCUGUGACCAGCGUAAGGACCUCGCCCUGCGCAGGACAGUCUCUGAGCCCACUCUGAAGUGGAAGUUAAAGAAACUCAUCAGUACAAGGCCAAACCCGCUGCAGCGUAAGAUCAGUGCCCCUCCUGCUGUCAAGCACAGGACAGAAACUCUGGACUCCUCCCCCAGCAGCAGCAGCACCCCAGCGUCAGGGUGCAGCUCACCCAGUGACAGCCUCCAUUCGGAUAACGGGGCCCUUCCACUGGCUCAUGAGGCACAGAGGUUGCUGCUGAAGGAUGGGAGUUUGGCCCAUUUCACCUUGCCUCCCAACCCCACUGCCAUGCCCAAUAUCACUGCUGGACUUCCUGCACAGGCUGACCUGCGAGUAGCCAGGCAAUUGGCAGUAUCUGCUCUUCAUCAGGUCUACUUGCCUAUGGAAGGAAGCAGUCCAGCCCUGGCCCAACGCCUGCAGCCUGUGCUCAUACUGGAACCACAUACUGGACUGGUGCAGUCCCAGUUUGUCUCUUUUCAUGGUUUGAGCUCUAUUCCUCUGCAGCAGCCGUCUCACCUGACCUCCCCCUCUAGAACAGAAGGCGUUGUCAACUUGACCUCACACAGACCCGUGGAGCGAACACGCUCAGAGCCGCCACCCUACAGCCACCCACCUUUCACUCUGCACACCAGCCAGCACUCACACACUCAGCAACAGCUGCUGCAACAGUACCACAAGAGCGGGCUGGAGAGGUUCAAGCAGAGCGCACACCUUAGCAAGCCGACAAGCAAGUCCAUUGAGAAGGCUCGUCUGACACAGAUCCCAUCGGAGGACAUGGACCUGGAGGAGGUUGGAUCAGGAUCAGGAUCAGGUUCGGGGCCCGGGUCUGUGUGCGGCUCAGAACCAGGCUCAGUGUGUGACGAUGGCCACCGCAGGAGACAGAGCACUGCGAGCACAGAUUCAGUUUAUGGCACAGAGUCCACAACCUCCUCACGGGAGAGCUUGAUUGAGCCCUCACAUUCCCUCAGUCAGAGGCAGGUGAUCCUUAGACCAGGUCUCCAGCAGGACCCCCUGAGUGUGCCUGCUCUAAUUUGGCCUCACCAGCCUCUGGUUCGGACCCGGUCCUCCCCAGCCUCCACCUCCCUGCCUCCUCCACAUCCACCCACCACCAUACCUUCUCUGUCACUGUCCAGCCCUGCUGCAGACGUCCAGUUACGCUUCACAACAGGUCUGGUUUAUGACGCUCAGAUGCAGAAGCACCAGUGUACCUGUGGGGACAACAGCCGCCACCCUGAGCAUGCUGGGAGGGUCCAGAGCAUCUGGUCCAGACUGCAUGAAAGAGGCCUCAGGAACCAGUGUGAACGUAUCCGUAGUAGGAAGGCCACUCUGGAAGAGCUGCAGUCAGUCCAUUCAGAGAAACACGUGCUUUUGUUCGGCACCAACCCUCUCAACCGUCUCAAGCUGGACAACCGCAAGCUGGCUGGAAUCUUAUCUCAACGGAUUUUUGUGAUGUUACCAUGUGGAGGAGUUGGGGUAGAUAUCGAUACAAUCUGGAACGAACUUCACACAUCAGCAGCCUCCCGUAUUGCUGCAGGAUGUGUCACAGACCUGGCACUGAAAGUAGCACAAGGAGAGCUGAAGAAUGGCUUUGCAGUGGUGAGGCCCCCUGGACACCAUGCAACCCAGUCCUCCCCUCAGGGCUUCUGUUUCUUCAACUCUGUGGCCAUCGCUGCCAAGCAGCUCCAACACAAACUCAACGUCAGCAAGAUCCUCAUCGUGGACUGGGAUGUUCACCAUGGCAACGGCACCCAGGAAGCUUUCUAUAACGAUCCCAGUGUGCUGUAUAUCUCUCUACAUCGCUAUGACGAUGGCAACUUCUUUCCUGGUAGUGGACAUCCCAGCGAGGUGGGUGCAGGUGCAGGUGAAGGCUUCAAUGUGAAUGUAGGAUGGACAGGAGGUUUGAACCCUCCCAUGGGAGAUGCUGAGUACCUGGCUGCUUUCAGAGCCGUGGUGAUGCCCAUCGCCCAUGAGUUUUCCCCUGAUGUGGUGCUGGUGUCGGCUGGCUUUGAUGCUGUCGAAGGACAUUCGUCCUCACUGGGAGGAUACAAGGUCACAGCCAAGUGUUUUGGCUUCCUCACCCGUCAGCUCAUGUCACUGGCUGGGGGUCGGGUGGUGCUGGCUCUGGAGGGGGGACAUGACCUCAAAGCCAUCUGUGACGCCUCUGAAGCCUGUGUCAGUGCCUUGUUGGGCAUGGAGGUGGAGCCACUGUCCCAGUCCAUCUUGGACCAGAAACCUUGUGAAAAUGCUGUCAAAUCGCUGCAGAGAGUCAUCCAGGUUCAGGGUGAGUACUGGCAGAGUGUGAAGGAUUCGGCCGCCACAGUGGAUCUGUCUUACCUGCAAGCCCAGAGACGACGGCUGAGACGAGACUCGGACAACGAGGCUGUCAGCGCCAUCGCCUCGCUGUCGAUGGGAUCCCUCAUCUCUGACAGGAAACAGCCUGAAAAACUGACAGAGAAAGUUGAUUCUCUCUGAAGAAAGAAUCUCUUGACAGCUGCGUUUAACCAAGUCUCAAUGGACAAACACACACACACACACACACACACACAGAGCUAUGCAUUUGGACCAUCAGUGGAACCAGAUGUCCUCCUCAGUUCAACCACUGUAUUCAUUGCCUCACAAAAACUCCUCCACCUGCAUUACUACUGGCUGCAGUCUGACCACUCAGAUUCAAACACACACUGAGCAACAACGUUCACCUGGACAACAUUCACAUUGUCAUGACGUUUCCGCAGGCUUUUCCUGAAGGGGACAUCAUACACUGGACUGAGAGAACGACGAAACGAAAGACACCCAGACGCAGAUUAAUGAAGGAUGUUCACUCUUGUAGCAUUCGGACCUGGCAACGUAGCAUGAACACAUGGCUCUGUGACUUUAAACAUUCACUUUGUUAACAACUCCCACAAAACCUGCGCGUUAUCGCUCCCACUGUUGUAACCUUGAAGCCGGGAUCAAAGGUCAACUCGGCUUGCUGGAGCCAGAAGGAGUCGUCCCCACAGGACGUGCCUGUGAAGGGGAGCAGACACGACCUGUGUACUUAAAACAUCCUUUGACUGCUUCUGACAAAGAUCCAAUGAAGGAAAAGAUCUUCUCUGAUCGUUUUGCACUGUACUGUUCUGUAAUGUGAACGGGACAAAAUGGAGGAGACGGAUGUUGACAAUCAAACAUCUUGUUUGCUCAUAUUAUGAAAUCAUUAGAACAUUCAUUCAUUUGACCUAUGGCACACAUUUUUGUGAAUGUCAGCACAAGAUGUUUUUUUUGUUUUUUUUGUUUAAGAAUCCAGUAAUCAAGAGUGAAGCUACAGUGAAGUCUGUGAUACAUAUGUUUCAUAUUGUUUUGUAUGUCCACAUAUUUUCUUAAAUCUUUUUUCCUUUUUUUUUCCUUUCUUUUUUUUCUUUUUUCUUUUUUCUUUCUUGGUCUGUCAGGCGAGCACAUGCAGCAAGACUCCAGAUCGCUGAAAUUAUUGUUAUUGCUCCCGGACAGAAAAAAGGAGACACAUCACAAGUGCAUCCUAAAUGUACAGACAUAUUAUAGUUUGUAUCGGUGGCACUAGUCACAACGAAGCGUUAAUACCUCUAGUCACUGGAGUAUCAAUAUCAGGGGAGAAAGUUAUGACUCUGAAAGAGGUCCUUUACACGUCAGCAAAGACAGAAAUCACCCAUGAUGCCUCAGUGCAGCUUGACCACUCAGAAACGAUUGUAUAUGUGACAAUGCAGAUCACAUCUUCUCUGUCAGGAGGUUGAUUUUGACAUCUUGGAUGAGACUCGCAUCCAAAGCCACAUCGUCUUUAUGACAAUCACACACACAAAGUGCACUUACGUUGCCCUCAGGAACGGGGGGGUCAGAAUGACUUGGGUCUUAACCUCUGAACUUUGAUCAUGUUUGUUAAGUGGACCAGUGUUUCUACCUGUGGAUGAGCAUUCCUGCUGUAUUUUGUAAAUUUCUUCUAUACAUUUAUUUCUUUUGUACAAGGAUAAAGUGAGCUGUCCUUUCUGUCAUUUUACUAGCGCCGUUCUGUUUAUUGUCAGCGUCUGGGAUGUUUUGCUCUAGGACCAAACAAGGACAUUUUAGCAGUUAGGAUGGAGCAAUAAUACUGAGAUAGUUGAAUAUCCACGCAUUGUAGUUGGACACAGGUUAAGCACAACCAAUGUUUAUGAGAACAAUGUGCCGUCCCUGUACUGGCAUGGCUUAAAGAACUUAAAAGACUUUGAAAGUUUGUGAAUGUUUCUUUUUUCCAAACAGUUGAGCAGCACCAAAAGCACAGGAUGCAUAUGUAAACAAUUCAUUUAUAAAAAACAAAAAACAAACCUACACGACUUUUAUUUAUACAUUCAGAUUCUGUUUCUUUGAAGUGCUCUUUGCAUGUCUAACACAAUUUCGAUGGUGCUAUAGGUUAUUUUUUUAAUACAGUAUGUUUGCGCUCUUUCUUUCUUUCUUUCUUUAUGUUGCACUGUGUAGCCAACUCAAAUCCUGUCAAAUCAUUGCUAAUCUAUGAAAAUGUGAAAACACAUGGCGAUGAGAGAAAACAGAGCCGUUUCAGCUUCGCAUCAUGCGGGACAGUACUACAGAGGUGUGUCGCUUUACGUAGUUUUACAAGGACGUUCGUGACAGCGACCUAACAUAUCUCAUGUCUUAUCUUUUGUCUUAGUUAAGGCAAAUGACUUAUUUUUGUAUUUGAUCUUAAAAUGAAUCCCAUGCGUACUUAGAGACCAAAUUAUGAGCCCAUGUGCCUUGAAGUAUCGUGCUGACCAACCUGUGUGAGGGUUGCCUCGACAAAGUGGAUCCUAAUUAAAACUGCAGGCCAAGUCCAGUUUUAUCAGAGCUGACUGUCUGAUUUUUUUUUUUUCUGUACAGUGUACAUAAUGACUUUAUUUUGGGUUUUUUUG